AUGCCUGCUAGUUGUAAAGAUCAGAAAAAAGCCGUAGCUAUAUGUCUACAAAGAUCACCAUGUGUGAUGCUAGAGAGGAAUAAGCCUCAAGACUGUCUCGAUAACCCUGAAUUACGCAAAGACCUUCCUGAACUAUGUUUAGCACAAAUGAGAGCAUUUCUCGAUUGUAAAAAAGGUAUUUUAGAUAUGACCAAACGGUUCACAGGAAAUGGACCACUUUCUACAGGUAAAUACGACCAACAAUACGAUAAUUUAUGCGCGGGUAAUUUUGACCCUAGGGAGGAACUACAUAGAUUAGAAGUCUUAGAUAGUACCAGAAAGGAUUAA